GGCCCCGCCGCGCGGAGGAGCUCGGCGGCGGGCGCGAUGUCUGCUCUGGAGUGGUUCGCGCACAAGCCCUUGGGCAGCGGCAUCUUCUGGAUCCAGGAGCGCUUCUACGAGUCGGGCAACCGGGCCAACAUCUGGCUGGUGCGGGGCUCGCAGCGCGACCUGGUGAUCGACGCGGGGCUGGGACUGCGCAGCCUGCCGGACUACCUGCGGGCCGCAGGGCUGCUGGCGCCGCCGGACGGGGCCGGCCCGCGGCCGCUGCUGGCCGUGGCCACCCACGUCCACUUCGACCACUCGGGCGGGCUGCAGCACUUCGAGGAGGUGGCGGUGCACAGCGCCGAGGCGGCCGCGCUGCUCCGCGGCGACAACUACGAGGCCGUCACCUGGCUGUCGGACCGCGAGGUGACGCGGCCGCCGCGGCCCGGCUGGAGAGCGCGGCACUUCUGCGUCCCGCCCGUGCGGCCCAGCCGCCUCUUGCAGGAGGGAGAUGUAAUCAGCCUUGGAGAUCGGCAGCUCACUGUCAUGCACAUGCCUGGCCAUUCCCGAGGAAGUAUUUGCUUACACGACCGAGAACACAAGAUUUUAUUCAGUGGAGACGUCGUGUACGAUGGAUCCAUGAUUGACUGGCUUCCCUACAGCAACGUUAGUGACUACGUUGUGAGCUGCCAGCGCCUGAUGGAGCUGGUGGACAGAGGUCUUGUAGAGAAGGUACUUCCUGGGCACUUCAACAUGUUUGGAGCAGAAAGGCUGUAUCGAUUAGCUUCCAACUACAUUUCAAAAGCUGGCAUUUGUCACAAAGUCUCAACUUGUGCCAUGAGAUCCAUUGCAAGCAUAGCACUUCACCUUACAAAUUCCAGGGGUACUUCUUCCUGAGCAUGCAUUUGUGCGGUCUGUCUCCCAGUGAGAAACCAAAGGACUUGUGAAAAUCCUGACCCAAGAAAAAGCAGUAUGCUUUAGGAAAGAGCUGGCAAAAUGAUGUGGAUGAGCUGUAAAAAUUCUCCUUAUUUUUGCUUACUCUGUUCCUGUUUUUGUGGGGAAAAAAAUCAUAAGCUAGUAGCUUAGCCAAAGCUGCCUUUUCCCUUCUAUUUUUUCAGGGCACGUUUGCACAGGUAUUGUGAUUGAAAUAUAUUGUUUUAUUUUUGAUAUGUUUCUGACAGAUAAAUAUAUGCCAAAAUGAGACUUCUUACAUCCAUGCCUGAAACUUCGUCGAUGUAGCACUAAGAUGGUAGGUGUUCACCUGGUCCCUGCUCAGGCUUUGGCCUAACACAGCUCAUGUUAAGGCCUGAUUUGUGCCAAGAGCAGCACCAUCAGGUCAAAACGAGAGCAAUGCAUAGGCAGGGUGCUAUGUGAAAAGUGAUAAGGGUCAUGGUGCAGCUGUUACCACUUGCAGCUUGCUGUCCCCUGCUGCAGUCACCUCCAGCAUUUUUGCAGUUUCUGCACAGUCCACUAAUGUAUGGAAAUGGUAUAGACCAAACUCCUAAGCUGGAUGAUACAGAUAGGUCAGCUCACACAAACUCCUUCUGAUGUGGAUACAGUAGCUUCCAGGUCAUGAGGGUUUUCAUGCUUUCCAGUGUGAUGCAGGGGACACGUGCACCCCAUGGAGGAGUAUGAUAAGCACCAUCACAGGUAGGGAACUGUUUUGCUUAGAGGUGUGCAAGUUACAUUAUUAGGGAAAUUGUGAGUUACUGAAGUAAUGAAUUGAUGAAUGCAUGUGUUUAACUAGUCUGUGCAACGUGAAUUGAGCCUUAGCUUGGUGUGGUGGUGUGUGUUUUUUAUCCAAUGAGCUCCUUAAAUAAAGUUUAAUUUAGACUUUAUUUAUAAGUUUGAGAGAUCCAAACAGGCUGUGACAAACUUAAAGCCUUUGUUUGUGUUUAAGUCUUGUUGCGUAUCUGGAUUGUAGCUCAGCUGUUAAUGCUCUGUGGGAGGAACGGAUGGAGGCAGUAACGUUGCCUUGGCCCAUUGCAGUGCUGGAUUAAACAGCUGGUGCACUUGCCUCCACACAAUGAAUGUAUCUUGAACUGUUUACUGUUUGCUUAUGAAGCGUUUUGGUGCAUUUGGUUUUUAUGGAAAGUGUGUUGAGUUUGAGUCUGUUCCAAAACAAGCUGAAUACACUGAGAAAUGCUAAAUGACAUUGUAACUUGCUUAUUUAAAAGCUGUUAAAAUGUUUAAAGUUUGUGUAAUUGUUCUAACAGUCUAUAUAUUUAACUUCUUUAAAAGGACACUGUCUGAUACUAUUUUUGUAUAUAGAAUUGUACUUUCCUUACAAGAGAUUGCAAAUGUUUAUCCCAAAUUUUAGUAGAGUUUAGCCUUAUUUGUAUGGCUUUCACUUUAUGUGGAAGGUACUUUUUUCCCCCUCUCCUCACACCCAAAAGAAAGGGAGCCGAAAUUUGGGGCUCUAAGGCAUGCAGGAGUGGAAAUGAGUGGCCUUGGUAACAGAUGUAAGUUCUGGGGACAAAAAAAAAAAAGUUUUUUGGGGGAAACCAGUUGCAAAAACAUAUCCAUCCAAAAAUAGUGAAGGAGAAUAUCUUACAUAAUCCUUUUUAUUCUCCUUUCACAGUUCACUGCAUUCCUAUCUUAUUAGAGUAUAUUCUUCACCAAGAGUAGUAUUGAUACACUGUGAUCCACCUCAUUCUUGCUAGCAGUGUUGGUCUCCUACUACACGUCAGAGCAAAAUGUAAAUAGGCAGAACAGGUGUACCAUUGUGGCACCUGGAAAACUUGUUAUCAUUUGGAUGGAUCACAGUCUUUCUUUUGGAGAAAUCUAGGUAUGCCAGUGUAUUACAUGAGGAGUGCCUAAGCAGUGCAUAGACUUGUGUCUUGAGUGAAGCCAAGGGAUGUCUACCUGGGUCUCAUUUUGCCAGAGAAAGGAAUGCAAAAUGUUAAUCUGGGAAAAGCCGUUCUGUGUAGAUGCACAGAACAAGCUUCACUAUAUGGUUUUCCUUUUUUUCCUGCUGACUGACACAUGGUACUAUUUGUGUAGCAGUCCAGACAUAGUUCUUCAUAGCCACGGGUUUUGUAAUGGGCAGUUGAGAGUAUAGUACAAUGUGGGAAAGUCAGAACAAGCAAAAAAAUACAGAGCACUGAACCUUAUACCAACAGCGACUGAAUCCCUUCAAAUGAGACAUCUGCAGCAUAAUACCAGUAGUAGUCAUGCUCUGUGCUGUACAGUAACGUGGACAGAGACCUAUUCUGUCAGAAGGACUGCCAAUAUGUAUGGUAAUUAGUAAAGUUUUGAAACUGUUAAUUAUUGGAUUGAGGUCGAGUUCAAUUAGCUUGUUGUCUUACACAACUGUAGCCUGUUUAUUUGCUCUACCUUUAGGGCACCUGAAGUCAGAUAGUGAAACUGGACCUCCAAACAGGAAGCUCACAGGCUUGCAAAUGGAAAAGGAGAGAUUUCCUCUCAUUUGCUUUUAAAUCUGUGCUAGGUGUUAGCUACAGGAUCCUUAACUAUCCAGGUUACUGUUAAAACACCAUGUUAAACCAUAUUUAAGGCCAGUAAGUAUAUGCUGAUAACAGCAGUUACCUGUUGGGUGUUUUUUUUUUUCUUGUUUGUUUGUUUUUUUCCUUGACAAAACUAUGGAAUAAUUUCCUAGAUCAGAAGUGAGCUUCAUAUGAACAUAGCCCAAAAAUGGGGUGUGCUAGUAAACUGCUGCUAAAAUUCAGAUGAAAAUAGCUUUGGGGGAUCUUAAAAUUAUUUUUGUAUUGUAGAAGUUGACUACUAGGUAAAUGAUGUGUCUUAAAUAUAAAGAACUGGCUCAAACUAUUUUUGUUAAGAGUUGCUGAGUUUUUUUGUUCUAAGAGUAUGACAGUGUCCCUUUAACGCUACUUGGAUUAAAAAUUUAAAACAUACAUUUUAAGUUUUAAUAUUGCAAUACCUUGGGCAUUUAGAACUGUGUUGCUUUAUUCGUUAAUUCUAAAUGUGUGUUAAUUCAAUUUUCUGUAGACUGAGAAAUUUACAAAAAAAAUCAGAUGGAAAGUUGUGCUCUGUAAUCUGUCAAAGACUUUUGCGAUGUUAACAUUUUACAAAGAAAAAAAAUAUAGAUAAUAAAAGUGUUACAAUUCUA